AUGUCGGCAGCCAAGGCCUUCGACCACGCCGCGCACGCCCAGCACCGCUGGCGGCGCUUCCUGAACCACGACUCGAAGAACUACGCGGGCUUCUCCGUCAUGGCCGGCGGUCUGCAGUUCGCCAAGGCCGUGAGCUCGCACAAGCGCGCCAAAGGCAUCGCGUACCUGACCAAGAAGACGGCCGAGAAGCUCCCCAAGACGAUGGUCUACCCGUUGGUGCUCGGUGUCACGGGCGCCGAGCUCCUGAUCUGGGGCGCGUCGUACCUGAACGACGGCAAGGAUGACAACUCGAGCCAGGUCGCGCGUGACGCCAAGCUCGCGCCGAUGGCGUUCGCAGUGUACGGCACGACGCUCAACUCGGUGUACCCGCUGGUGGGUCGCUGGCGUCGCGUGCGCACUUGGUUCCGCCCCGUCAAGUGGGGCGCUGUAGGCCUCGCCAUCGACUACGCCGUGACGAAGAUCUCGGCGGCUGGAUCCAAGACACAGACACAGACCCCAGCGCUGAUUGAGACCGGGAAGGAGUAG